UUUCCCAACGCCUUCCCUUCUCUUUUUAUUCCAAACAGUGGGCGAAAAUUUUCAAAAACCCCUUGAAACAAAACACUGCAGAAUAUAAACAUUUUACAUGGUUGUUGAAUCUUCAUCAAUGGCAACAAAGCUUGGAAAAGACGAAGAUGUUGAGGUUGAGCUUGAGCUAUGCCUUUCUCUCGGAGGUCCUUUCAAGAAAACAGAGAAAGCUAAACCAAUGAACGGAAAUUUUAACGCCGUUAGAUGCGCGAAUGAUGUUGGCUGUGAUAUUAACGGCGGAACGACGAAGCGUGAGAUUAAUGCGACGAGGAGAAAGGAAACACGGAAGAAGCUAGAAGCGAGGCAGCAGCAGAGAAGCGGAGGAGAAGGAGUUUGCAAAAGGAUCAGAACAGAAUGCAACGGAAUCCUUAACGGAGUUGAUCACGGCGUGAACUUGGACCUGAGUUUUAGUAAAAUGGGAAACGGGUACGGGUACGGGUCGGGUCAAUAUGAGGAAAACGGUAAAACUGUACAUAUCGGGUCACCCAUUUGCACCUCCUCCGACGUAUCCGACCCCUACAGCUCGUCUCGCGAAGAAGGUGGAAGUUGCGACUUUGGGGAAAAUUCUGGCCAAACCAAACCGGUUAAAUCUCCGGUUAACAGCAUUCAGACCGGUACAGAGGCAACCGUGCGGAGCACAGACGGUCCAAAUGAAGCAGUGGUAGUGAAGAACCAAGAAUGGUCCAAAUCUGCUGCAGUCGAAGAGACUGGAAAGCCUCCAAAACCGGGUCCCAACGGUAACGGUGAUGGAGUUAACGGCAGUUUGCUUCCGUUUGCUCGGAUGCCGUGCGUGACUAGUACGGGUAACGGACCCGAGGGCAAAACUGUAAACGGGUUUUUGUAUAGGUACUCACAAUCAGAGAUCAGUAUAAUCUGCGUUUGCCACGGAACGUCUUUUUCGCCGGCCGAGUUCGUCAUUCACGCCGGUGGGACACAUGUCACGCACCCGUUAAGGCAUAUAACGGUUGUUCCGUCAACGUUUUAAAACGAUUCCGUUUCGUUAACCUUGUUUCAUAGUUUUGUGUAUAUAUUAUUAGCUGAUGAACUUUUUGAGUUCAAAUGGACUCCAUUGGUGGUGAAUUAAUGGUGAGAUCUUAGCUUUUGCUUUUCAUUUUCUGGCAAUAAUUUUCAAUUGAUUUAACACAUUUGUUUUUUUUUUAAUUCCAUAAAACUAAUUUAGCACCUAAAACGUUGCAUUGCCUUGCCUUGUUAAGUAAGGCACGUGUAAAGUGAAGAAUUGCGAG